CACUUUACAGCUCCUCGUUCAAAAAGAAGAAUUGUGAUUUUGUCAGAAUUGAUGAUUAGAAGAAAAUGUUUUGUUUACUUCUUACGAACGCCCGUAUCUAUUUUCUACUGGUAUAGCCUACGGUUGAGCAUCUCUGCCAUCACAAAGCAUGGAGGUGUAUUCACCAAGGGACUUCAACUCUGACACCAAUUACAAAGGUGUAAUUGAAGCAUUGCGCAACCUACGAGAUAAGAUAAGGCAAGUCGACAAUGAGCGAAGUAAGUCGGACGCGAAGACUGACCCGAAAUCAGCAUCUGAGGGUGAGGAGGGGCAGGAGCACAAGCCGCCCAACCAGCAGACACUAGGGAAAGCAGCGCCGGGCGCGCCAGAGUCGUGUCGCAUGCAUCGCUGCAUCCUAGAAACACAGUGCGACAACAUGCGCUGGCUGUACGAAAACGCGCAGCGAGAGAUGGCGCUACUGCAGCAGACCGCCGGCGCGCGAGAGACGACGCGCUCCGACCUCGAGCAUCGACUCGCCAAACUGGACAAGCUCGAGAGCGAUUACAUUCGGCUGUCUGCCUCGCAGAGACUUGCACAGAUGAAGAUGAAAAAGCUAGAAGAGGAGGAGGAGAGACAAAGACAGGAGAUGCAGGAGCUCCUUGCUCAGGUGACGUCUAAUCCCCCGAAGUCACGUGACAAUGGUAGGAGGACAGCGUCGGUCCAGACACAAAGACGGAGGCCGGAAGCCAACUCACGGCAGAGCUCCGCCCGAUCCGAACAUUACCAAGUGAACUUUGCCGAAAUUCCAUUCGUAGUUGGCACGGCCACAAGUAAAAGUCAUUCCGUAGGUGGCAACAUACAGGGAAUGCUUGCUGCAUUAAAAACGCACAGUUCACUGUGUGACAAGUCGCCCAAAGCGAGAAAGCUCACCGCGACCCAACCUCUACCGUCAUCUAGUCACUGCAGUGCGUCAGAGUUGAGCGAGUUGAUGGCAGCACUGGAGAAGGAAUUCAGUCUCCUGGCUAUACGUCACGAGGAGCUUCAGCGUCAAAUGUCGAACACGCGGGACGCCGGCGUAAGAGAUGACAUAGCGAGCGCGGUCGAACGACUCGUCAACCGUAUGGACAGCAAGGGACACCAGAUCGCGCAGUUGCGCAAGCAUCUGGAGAAGGUGAAAAAGUGUGCCGAAGCAGAUCAGGUGUAUUCGUCUAGGACAUCGAUUCCUCAGGUCGGCAAUAGAGUGCAAUCCAACACAACCCGACCUUCUACUGCCACGCGAGAGAGCAGGGCGGGGAAAGCGCGCGUCGUCACGGCAACGGAGUCGCCCGGUUUCAAGCGGCGCAUCAGCCGGCCCAAGACUGCGCAGACGACGACCCGCGUGCAUUCCGCCGAACGCCCGCUGUCGCCCUCUGGUAGACGAUCGCGACAGGAGAGCCUCGAGCUGCUUAAGAACGUGCGGACGAUAACGUCGACUCUGUCGCGCGAUGAUAUCUGCUGGGAGUAGGCGCCCGUGGUGAUGAUGGUGAUGAUGAUGGCGGUGGUGAUGACGGCAGUGGGUUCGUGGGUGGCAAUAUCAGCGUGGAGGUCGAGUGCGGCAUUGAUUUUGAAAGUAUGGUGAGGCAAUGUUGAGCUGUCGUUCCUGUGUGCGCUGUUUGCCGCUGGCAUCAUUGUGUCCGUGCUGAACCAUGGAAGCUGGCUUUCAAAUUUAUGCAUUUACUUGGUCGAAUAUAGUGUGAUAAUAGUUUUGUUAGCUCAAGUUUGUAACUGUUGUAGAACAAGAAUAGCAUGUGGCAGUUUUGUGAGCAAAUUACGUUAGAUAUAUAUCUAUAUAAAAUAACAUUUGAGAUAGAUUUAUAGCCAACAUUGGCGUUUAGCUUGACAUAGUACAUUUGGAUCAGUGAUUCAGGCAGUAGUAAUGGGAGUCGUGUUAGUGGAUGGUCAGUAUACAUCACAAACUGUCAUUGCAGCAAAUUAGAGUCUAAUAACCUGUUAUUACAAUAUUCUAGCCAAACAAGUUUGAUUGCUAUUCAGCAAUAAGCUUCUAGUCUCACUGUGUUAUAAAAACGUUGAUAAUUUUGCAUGGAAUUUUAUCGAAACCAUGAAGUAUUCGCAGUGAUGGAUGCAUUUAUUAGUUUUAUAAAUUCAGUGUGAUGAGAGAUCACAGGGAUGCGUAGUGGAGAGAAAAACGUGUUAGUUAUCGAAUGCGUUGUUUUUAAGAGUAGGAGCGAUACGGUGACCGCCUGUGCCCAAGCCAGCGUGUGGGUCGGCUUCAUUGAACUGGGGCUACUUAAUAAUUGUCGACACGGUUGACCGUGGUUACACCUCACAUUUUCUCAGAUAAUUUUUCCAUAGGAGAGAAUAGAAGGUAGACGGAGGAGAGCUUGAUGAAUCCUUCAUUAGCCAAUGUCGUUUUUAGACGUUUUUACAUUCCAACGCUAUAUAUAUAUGUGCCAUCUAAGCAAGUUUAAUCCUACCGUAUUAGAAUAUACAUCUAUGGUUCGUCGGACACCUAUAUGUGUGGACUUUCAUCGUAGAUGUAUCUUGCAGUUUGAUAUUGAUUUAAAUGUGUGUAUGUUUCUGCACAUACAUUCGUUAUGGCGUGCAAGUUCAUGCAUCAAAAUAAAAGUAUAUAUUUAUCAUAU